UCCCAUCUUACUGAGUAAGUCCCGGUGGGGGUUAGGGGAAGUGUUAGAUGUUAGAGGGGGACGCGUGGGAGACGCCACCGUCGCCAGCGUCGCCGUCGCGAUGCCUGUAGCUCCUAGGACAGCGUCAACCUCUGAACGCCUUCAGGCUCCCUACAGCACUGUCCCUUGUUUCUUGUUCUUGUAUAAGCGUAAGAGCAAAACCCCGCCGCCAUGGACGCGAUCAAGAAGAAGAUGCAAGCGAUGAAGCUUGAGAAAGACAAUGCUCAAGACAAGGCCGAUGCGAUGGAAGGCCAAGCCAAGGAUGCCAACCUCCGUGUCGAGAAACUCAACGAGGAGUUGCGCGAACUCCAGAAGAAACUUUCCCAAGUUGAAGGCGAUCUCACCACCACCAAGAACUCGCUCGAGCAAGCCAACAAGGAUCUUGAAGAGAAAGAAAAAACCCUCACCAACGCUGAAGCUGAAAUGGCCUCACUCAACCGCAAAGUCCAGACGAUUGAGGAGGACUUGGAGCGUUCGGAGGAGCGCCUGGCCACGGCUACCACCAAGCUCGCCGAAGCCUCGCAAGCGGCCGACGAGAGCUCCCGUAUGUGCAAAGUGUUGGAGAACCGCUCCCAGCAGGACGAAGAGCGCAUGGACCAGCUCACCAACCAGCUGAAGGAGGCCCGUCUGCUGGCCGAAGACGCCGACAACAAAUCCGACGAAGUCUCGCGCAAGCUAGCCUUCGUUGAAGACGAGCUCGAGGUGGCCGAAGACCGCGUCAAAGGCGGCGAUGCCAAGAUCAUGGAGCUGGAGGAGGAGCUCAAGGUGGUCGGCAACUCGCUCAAAUCGCUCGAAGUGUCCGAGGAGAAGGCCAACCAGAGAGUCGAGGAGUUCAAGAAGCAGCUCAAGACCCUCACCGUCAAGCUGAAGGAGGCCGAAGCGCGAGCCGAAUACGCCGAAAAGACUGUCAAGAAACUCCAGAAGGAAGUCGACAGGCUUGAAGAUGAGCUUGGCAUCAACAAGGACAGAUACAAGUCACUUGCCGACGAAAUGGACUCGACUUUCGCCGAACUGGCUGGGUAUUAGGUGCCCAGGAGCGCGGACAUCGCUGGAGGAACACCAGUCCAGGACGUCCGGUUUUGUUUGCUAUUUUACAUACAUAUAAUUUCCAGUGUAUUUAUAUUUUAACAUCUUUCUUUCACAUAGUGUGCCCUAAGCUGCUCCAUUAGGAAAACCAAUGUUUAUGUAAAUUAUUGAAUAAAGUGUAAUAUAUGGAAUAUCUGUAAUAUCUGCAAUGAUGUACAUAUUGAAGUCUCCGCUAGCAAAUUAAAAGACCCAAACACG